UGUUUAAUUUAUUACGAUAUUUGUUUUCUUUAGAGACUAUGAACCCCUGCGCUCAAAUUUGAAAACCCUGUUUCUACCGCGUGCCUGUUUAAUAACAAGAAGGGUCAAAUAUCUCUUUGUUGGAGGGCUAGAGAAUCAUUGUUUAAAGAUGCAGAAUGGUGCAAGUGUUGUCAAAAAAGAAGUAAAAAAAGAAAAGGAUGGCAAUACUGUUCACACUGAUGACUAUAAUGCCCUUGUGAAAUAUGGCAUUUCAGAAGAUGUUGCAGCAGAAUUGGAAAAAAUAUAUGCCACAGGGAAACUUUCUCACUCGGAACUUGAUGAAAGAGCACUGGAUGCUCUGAAAGAGUUCAAUGCAGAUGAUGCCAUCAAAGUUCUGGAACAGUUCAACGAAGCCAGUCUGGAACAUGUUACCAACAAGAGUGCUUUCCUGUGUGGUCAGAUGAAAACUUAUAGGCAGAAAAGCAAAGGGGGACCAGGCAACGCAACUCCGAAGGGACCAGAUCCAGAGAAGAUCAAAGAAAUCCUAGACCGGUCUGGGUAUACUCUGGACGUGACAACAGGUCAGAGAAAGUAUGGAGGACCACCCCCUGACUGGGGGGAUGAUCCACAGCCUGGACCAGGGCAUGAAGUGUUCAUUGGGAAAAUUCCAAAAGAUGUGUUUGAAGAUGAACUGAUACCGCUGGUUGAGGAAUGUGGACGAGUCUGGGAUCUCCGCCUUAUGAUGGAUCCACUGACUGGGUUCAGCAGAGGAUAUGCAUUCUGUACAUAUGUGGAUAAAGACGAUGCUAAGAGAUGUGUGCAAAAACUUGAAGGUUAUGAAAUCAAAAAGGGGAAAACAUUGAAGGCCAAUGUCUCAAUUGCCAACCAGAGACUGUUUGUCGGCAACAUUCCAAAAAGCAAGUCAGAGGAUGAAAUUAAGGAAGAAUUUUCAAAGAGAACUGAGGGCCUGGAGAAGGUGAUCAUUUACAGAUCUGUGGAAAAGGAAAAUCAGAAGAAUCGAGGUUUUGCUUUCCUUGAUUACGAUUCCCACAAAAGUGCUUCAACAGCAAAGAGAAAGCUUGCAUCUGGUCGCGUGAAGGUGUGGAAUUGUGACAUCAUAGUGGACUGGGCUGACCCUGUGGAGGAACCCGAUGAUGAGACUAUGUCAAAGGUGAAAGUGUUGUAUGUGAAGAACUUGACGACAGAUGUGACCGAAGAGCAGCUCAAGGAGGCGUUUGAGAAGUACGGCACAGUGGAGAGGGUGAAGAAGAUUAAGGACUAUGGCUUUGUGCAUUUUGAAGACCGUGAUAAGGCUGUUGAAGCCUGUAAUGCUAUGAAUGGGCAGACUUUAGGGAAACUUUCCAUUGAGGUUUCUUUGGCCAAACCUCCAAAUGACAAUAAGAAGAAAGAUAGAAGAAUGCAGGGAAUAAAAAUGAGAGGACCUGGGUUUGAGGAGUUCUACCCACCAGUCAGAAUGGGUCCCCCUCCACCACUGAUGGGCAGAGGAGGAUUUGGAAGACGAGCACCACCACCCCCACCAGACUACUAUUUUGACGAGUACUAUGACUACUAUGGCGGUGGUGACGAGUAUUUUGGUGGUGGUUACGGUCCCCCGAUGAGAGGCGGUCGAGGUGGCAGGGGUGGCCCCUUUAUACCCCCACCCGUUCGCGGCCGAGGCGGGGUGCCACCCCGCGGUGGACCUAGAGGGGGUCCUCCAGUUGCUGCUCGGGGAAUGAGAGGAGCUGCCAGGGCCCGGGGAGGCCCUAUGAUGCGAGGGAGGGGUGGACCGAUGGCAGGCAGGGGCCAGCAGACCCCCAGAGGGGCCAAGCGGAAGGCCCCAGAGGCCGUGUCCAACAUGGGCGCACAGGCUAAGCGCCGGCCAACAUCUAAUGAAUGGGGCGCCCAGCCUAUAGCACAGCAGCCUUUGGGUCAGAGUGGGUAUGGUGGUUACGGUGGUGAAGGGGAUGCCCAGUGGUAUCAGGACUCGUAUGGGCAAAAUUGGGGUUAAGCAAGCCACAAUUUCAGCACCGUUUGAACACUCAACAUAGAGCGCAUGCAGCUUCACGAGUCCCUUGUGAAGACGGCACCACGUGUACAUAGCCAUACCUAACAAAUUUUUAACAGUCUGUGUGUAAGUCUAUCGUUAAGUGUGCAAGUUUUGAUCUGUUUUGACUGGUGGUUACAUUGAUUGCAACCAGGUUUUGGAGUGGUUUUUUAGCGCCCCAUUAGAGCCAUUUUCAGUCUCAUUAAAUGGUCUUAUAAUUAGGUAUCCUUUAUCCCUCUGCUUGGAGUUGACCAGUAUUUGCAAGUUAUAUUUUGUAAUUGAUGCUCUUCCCUCGUGUAUUACAAGAAGUAUUUGGCAGUUAUAAUCCCCUAAGCAGCAGCAUUUAUUGAACAUAGAUAAAAUUGUGUUCAGAUGGGAACAUAUUGUAAAUACAAUUUUUCGAAAGAUAUCGAAUACAUUGGUAAUAUUUUUUACAGUUACAUUUAGAAUAAUUUACCACAAGCUGAUUACUUUUGUCGAUGUAUUGAGGUUAGAUUAGUUUUGUACAAUUUAUGACUUGUCAUUAGUAAUCAUGUUGUCAUUUACAUGUAAUGUCUAUUCUCUGUCUUUUCAUUGUCUUAAGGUGGAAAUAAAAUCAUUUUAGAAUGGGAGGCGGAAAACUACAACGGGCGAGGCAUGGUAUGGUAUUGCGCAAGGGGGGGUUAGAGGGUUUGGGUUAGUGUUAGGGGUCGGGUUAGGGUUUGGGUUAGCCUAAACCCAACCCUAACCCGACCCCUAACCCUUACCCUAACCCUUUUUUGGGGUUAUCACCCCUGACCAUGCCUCGCCCGUUGUAGUUUUCCGCCUCCCUUUUGGAAUACAUGACCAAAAGGCAAUAAAUUUGAAACAACAAUCAUCUUGUAUAAAUUAGCAUGUCAUUGGCAAUUAAUUGUAUACUUUAAUACUUAAAAUUCAUGAGUCACUUAAUUAUUUUGAAAAUUAAAAUUAUGUUAAUAUCA